AUGAAAAAUUCGAAUAUUAGAAAGAAGGAGAAAGGUCUAAAGUUUAUGGACGAAACUUGUAAAACAUUGAAUAGAAUACAAAAGAAGAAGGUAAAGAUGUCUGUCAAACAUGAACUGAGAAAACAGUUGUGUCAUGAUGAAUUAUUAAAGAAUUACUUUGUUUUGAACCCAGAAAAGGACGAAACUGUUGUCUUUCGAAUUGAAAACACACCAUUAGAAAAUGAGCAAUUAAUUGUGACUAAACAUGUCAGCACUUCUCAUUCAAUAGUCAAUAACGCCCACCAUGAACCACUUCCACCAGUACAAGCAUCUGAAACCAUUCGAAAUGAUCCACAACCAGACGAAAUUAUAAACACCAUCCACAACCAACAAGAAAUGAACCUAUUCCUUCUACAAUUGUAUUGUGCUCUCAUUCACCAACAAGAAGGGCAAAACAGAAAUUGCUUUCAAUAA